AUCUCUGCGUGUGGGAUGAAAGUGGCGGUGAGUGCUUGGAGAAGUCGAACAUUGGAAAUAUUUACACGCAUAACGGUAGUGAUUGUUGUGAGUUUACCGCAGAUUCUCUCUAUUUGGAAAGCAGCAGUAGUGUAUGCUGAACCUUUGAUGAGUUACUCGCAGGAUGUACAUCUGAAAGUUUCCCCAAAAUUGCCGCUUUUAGGUGCAUUCUUUCACGUUCAGACCCCAGGACAAAUAAAAAGAGCAUUCUUCAAGCACAAAAUUGUCCCCGACAUUCUUGAAAAAGCACCUAAGGACGUAUUACGGGUGAAUUACAAAAAUAGAGCAUCAGUGGCCAAAUAUGGUAACGUUUUGAAACCUACAGAAAUUGAGCGUAAGCCUUGUUUCGUAAGGUGGCCAGCUACUAAAGACUCAGUUUAUUCUCUGUUCAUGAUAGAUCCGGAUGCUGCCGUAACCGCUCCUAACACAUCUUACUUGCACUGGUAUGUUGUAAAUAUUCGAAAUGGCAAAAUAAAGACAGGACUCGAAAUAGCUAAAUAUAUCUCACCACGGCCAAAAAAAGGAACCGGUUUACACAGACUUAUAUUCCUUCUGUAUACGCAGCCUCUUGGAGAAUUGAUUUUUUAUGAUGAAAUGAAUUAUAAUGAUACUCGAACAAAUUUUAGCAUUGGAAAAAUUGUUGAAGAACACCAGCUCGGGCAGCCUGCAGCCGGCAACUUUUUUCAGUCACAAUGGAUAAGACCUAGGCCGACAAAAAAACCGAUUUUCAGCAUGACGACGACAAAAAAUUGUAAUUAUGUAGAGGAAAUAUCUUUUAACAAGAAUUUCGUGGAAAAAUAAAUUAAUUUAUUGUUUAUUUAUAA